AAAUUUUACCACCCUACAGUCUAUUUGUUCUUUUAGGAUAAAUGUAUUGAGAAGAAAGAUUAUAUCCUUGGAUGUUUCCUUGCAGGAAAAAUGAAGUCAAAAUUUGAGUACAAUAGAACAGCCAUUACUGAGUUCAUCCUGCUGGGCUUGGUGGAGACACCAAACCUGCGGCCAGUUGUCUUUGUAGUCUUCCUCCUUUCCUACCUGCUCACAGUUGGGGGCAACCUCAGCAUCCUGGCCGCCAUCUUGGUGGAGACCAAACUCCACACCCCCAUGUACUUCUUCCUGGGGAACCUAUCGGUGCUGGAUGUUGGGUGCAUCACAGUCACUAUUCCCUCAAUGUUGGCUCGUCUCCUGUCCCACAAGCAUACUGUUCCCUAUGGAGCCUGCCUCACACAGCUUUUCUUCUUUCACCUUCUCGUUGGGGUGGACUGCUUCCUGUUGACAGCCAUGGCCUAUGACCGAUUCCUGGCCAUCUGCCAGCCCCUCGCCUACAGCACCCGAAUGAGCCAGACAGUCCAGAGGCUAUUGGUGGCUGUGUCCUGGGCUUUAGCGUUCACCAAUGCACUGACCCACACAGUAGCCAUAUCCACCCUGAACUUCUGUGGCCCCCAUGUGAUCAAUCACUUCUACUGUGACCUCCCACAGCUCUUCCAGCUCUCCUGCUCCAGCACCCAACUCAAUGAGCUGCUGCUCUUUGCUGUGGGUUUCAUAAUGGCAGGUACUCCCCUGGCUCUCAUCGUCACCUCCUAUGCCCAUGUGACAGCUGCAGUCCUACGAAUCCGUUCUGCUGAGGGCAGGAAGAAAGCCUUCUCCACAUGUGGCUCUCAUCUCACUGUGGUUGCCAUAUUCUACGGUUCAGGUAUAUUUAAUUACAUGCGACUGGGUUCAGCCAAGCUUUCAGACAAGGAUAAAACUUUUGGAAUUUUUAACACCGUCAUCAACCCCAUGCUGAAUCCAAUCAUCUACAGCCUCAGGAACCCUGACGUGCAGGGUGCCCUCUGGAGAGUGCUCAUGGGGAGGCGACCACUGGCUUGA